AUGGCAGAUUUAACCAACUGCGCAUCUAUUGUUGCUACUGUAGAAUCUCUUACUAAUAAUGAAAAAGUUAAAACUUCACGUACUACUCCUCGUGACAUUAGUGAAGUUGGUUGGAUAUUUGUUCAAGAAUAUUACACCUUUUUACAUAAAGAACCCAAUCGACUUCAUUGUUUUUACGGUCAAGCUUCUCAUUUUAUUCAUGGAAGUGAGGGUGAACAAGUAAGAACUCUGAUUGGUGAAAAGGAAAUCAACGAGAAAAUUAAAUCAUUAAAUUUUAAUAAUUGUAAGGUUGCUGUGACAAAUGUCGAUUGUCAAGCUUCAAAAGAUGAUGGAAUUCUUAUUCAAGUCUUGGGAUUGAUGAGUAAUCAUGAUGAGCCGCCUAGAAAAUUUGCUCAGACAUUUUUCCUUGCAACACAACCCAACGGAUAUUAUGUUUUAAAUGAUAUUAUUAGAUUCUUAAAUGAUGAUGACGAAGAGGAUGAGAACAGCGAAUUUGAUAAAGAUGCAGUUGAUGAAAUUGUAAACAAUGAUAAUGAUAAUAUUUGUUUAGAUGUUAAAACUUCUGCUUCACAAAAACUCGCCAAAGAUGAUGAUUCUUAUUCAGCAUCUCCCACAGAAACUUUGGUCAACGAACAUAUCAUCGCCAAUAUUAAAACUAACGGCUCAGAGCAUAUUAAUAAUAAACUCAAUGUCUCUGAAGAUUCUACCAGUAUUAAAUCUAAUAUCUCAAAAGAACUUGUUAAUAUUAAACCUAAUGUCUUGGAAGAGCCUAUCAAUAAAACUAAUGUCUCUGAAGAAUCUAUUGCCAUCACUACUACUCAUAAAGGUACUCUUGAUUCUAUCACUGAAGGAUCUGCCAUUGCCUCCAUUUCUGUCACUAAAAAAUCAGAAAUUACUCAUUCUAAUACUAAUUCUCCUGUUGGUACAUCAUCACCAUCUGUUACUACAAAUGUUACCAAAUCAGUAGCAGGAACUUUAGCUGAUCAAAUUAAUCAUACUAAUUUGCAAACUAAUCUCAACAAUCAAGAUGUUAAUUCUCUUGUUGCACAUCCUUCAACAACACCUUCAUCCGUUGUAAUAAAUGGUAAUUCUACAUCAGAAAAAAAUCACAUUGUUAAUCAAGAAAAUGUCGCCCAACCUAACAAUAAUAACAAUCAAUUAUCAGUAGCAGAAACUCCAGUUGAUCAAAUUAAUCUUAUCGGCACCACUAAUAAUCAAGUUUCUAAAUCACCUGUCGUAAAACCUUCAACAUCGCCGCCUGUUGUCACAAAUGGUCAUUUAGCAACAGUAGAACAACAUGCUAAUCAUCCAUUUACUAUCACCAAAUCAAUUACUAAACCUCAAACUUCUCCUACACUCGAUAUUGCUCAAAGAGAUAAUAAAUUGUUAUCACAACAAAAAUCUCAAAAACUACAACAACCGUUCAUCAAAAAACAACCCUCGCCUGUUAUAAAUGAUCAUCAAGCUGUCUCUCCCAAUCAGAAAUCUGCUCAAACUCAAGAUUAUUCAUUAAUAAAUGCUAAAACAACUUCUUCUAUUCAACAAAAGCCUAAUAAGGGUCAAACCAUCACUCAAAUUACAGCUGAAAUUCCUGCUCAAUUUAAUAAUGACGAACAAACAACUGCUUCUAAUGCCAACGAUAAUAAUGUUCAAAAUGAACCUGUUACAUUAGAAAAAAAAAUCAGUACAGAAACUGCUGCUUCUGCUAGUAAUACAGCACUUUCAAUUUAUGUUAGAGGUGUUAAAACUGGAAUGAAUUAUGAUUUAUUGAAGGGUAAAUUUUCAAGUUUUGGUGGUGUCAAACAUCUUGAUGUUGUUCCUACAAGAUAUUACCCAGCUGUUAAAUUACAUUCACUAGACAUCUUUGCUAUUAAUAAUAAUCCUCUGCUUAAUGGUAAUCCCGCCUCCUUUAAUCCUAAUACCUAA